AUGGUGCUCGAAGAUCAGCGGUUUAUUCAUGAAGACUUGGAGAGAUUGGAGCAAGCCAUAGCGGACCGCGUCGCAGAAGAACCCCGCAAUAUACGUGAACGUCUGUCUCGCGACCAUGAAAUAGCGCAUUUUCUAAAUCGCAUAGAUGAGCAGUCUGAGCGGUUACUCGAUAUCUACAAGAACACCGAAAGCGAACGCGAGAAAGAGAUCCAGGCCAUCUCCACCGGCGACCAGUUCGAAGAAUUCUACAAGCGACUAAAUGAGGUCAAGGACUUUCACAAGCGGUACCCGAAUGAGCCGGUUGAGAAUCUUGAGCGGGCGUACAAGCGCCGCCAACCAGGCGAGGGCGAGCAGACGGGAAUGGAGGUCGACACGAUGUUUACUGGAGAAGAAGGAUAUGGACAGUUUCUCGAUCUUACAACCCUGCAUGACCAAUACCUGAACUUGCCGGGCGUGAAGAGACUGCCAUAUAUACAGUACCUCGACAUAUUCGAUGCCUUCACACCCCCGCAACUACCGAUCAAACGAAACAACAAGCUCUCGGACAGGUAUUUCCAAUAUGUAGGGGAGCUUGCGAACUAUCUUGAAGAGUUCAUCAAGAAGGCACGGCCUUUACAGGAUCUGACCAAGAUCUUUGCUAGCUUUGAUGACGAUUUUGAAAAGCAAUGGGCUGCGAACGAGGUCCCUGGCUGGACUGAAGAGAAAGUCAACGACGGUACACUGGGUCCGAAAACUGAGGGAUCUGGGGAGGGCAUCUGGUGUGCCGACUGUGAAAAGGAGUUCAAGAAUGAGAACGUAUACAGGAAUCACUUGACGGGCAAAAAGCAUAUCCGCGCCGCCGAGGCUCGUAAAGCUGCAGGUGACUCGGGCGAAGGGCCUGUGCCAACCAGCAAUGGGCCAUCAGCAGCUCAUCGGUUGAAAGAACGAGCAGUCGCUGAACGCGAACACCGUGUUCGUUCCUUGGCAAGAGUCCUCAUCAAUGAGCGACAAGCGACCAAGAUCAACGUUGAGCGAAGACAAGGUAUGACAGAGCGAGAGCGUCAAAUGGAGCUGGAGGCAAUGCUCGCUGAAUCAGAGGAUGUCGGGGGUGACCGUGGGAAUGAGUCUGAUGAGGAAGGGGAAGAUCGCGUCUACAACCCUCUCAAGCUUCCCCUCGCUUGGGACGGCAAGCCUAUUCCGUAUUGGCUAUACAAACUACAUGGUUUGGGCGUGGAAUACUCCUGUGAGAUCUGUGGUAACUAUGUUUACAUGGGUCGUCGCGCAUUCGACAAGCACUUUUCUGAGGCGUUGCAUAUCUUCGGCUUGAAAUGCCUCGGCAUUACAUCGAACACCAACCUCUUCCGUGAAAUUACUAAGAUUGAUGAUGCCAUGCGACUCUGGGAGAAGUUAGACCAAGACCGCAAGAAAACCCGAGACCUUCAAGACAACGUGGUACAAAUGGAGGAUGCAGAGGGCAACGUGAUGCCUGAACGGAUAUACCUUGAUCUCCAAAAGCAAGGUAUCCUCUAG